UGGUAUUUAUAUUAGAUUAUUCCUAAAAAAACACAUCAUAUGCAAAAUGGCCUUGAAGUUACAGUCUCACAUUGAGAGAGUCCUGUGGGACCAACACCAAAUCUCUCGCCGCGUCAGCGAGCUGGCCUCCCAAAUCUCCGCCGAUUUCGGUGGCGCCGCCAAUUCAGACUCACCACCACCACCUGUCCUCGUUGGCGUGGCCACCGGAGCUUUUCUCUUCUUGGCUGACCUCGUAAGAAACAUCGACCUUCCCAUCUCCGUUGAUUUCGUUCGCGCCGAUUCCUACGGCUCCGGUACCAUCUCCGCUGGGGCCCCUAAGCUCUCACUUGACUUGAAGGUUGAUGUCAAGGGAAAGCACGUUAUAUUGGUUGAGGACAUUGUUGAUACGGGAAGAACUCUAUCGUGUCUGAUUGCUCAUUUGGAAUCAAAAGGAGCAUCCUCUGUAUCAGUUUGUGCCUUCCUUGAUAAACCUACAAGAAGAAAGGUUCAUUUUCAGCCACUGGGUCAAGGAAAGUUUUACAAGGGGUUUGAGUGUCCAGAUUAUUUUGUUGUGGGUUAUGGAAUGGACUUUGCGGAAUUAUAUAGGAACUUGCCUUACGUUGGUGUCUUGAAGCCUGAAUAUUACAAGUGAUGUUACACUUCUGAUAUUUUUUUUUUUUUUUGAGUCAUUGUUACACUUCUGAUCUUAUUCCAUAAGAUGUAUCAAUAAUGAUUUUACAUUUGUGAGAUGAUGGUAUUCAAAUACAAUUGGAGUUAUUUUGAUUAUA